AUGCAAAUACUGAAACGAUACGAACAAAGAGGCGUCAUUGAAAUUGUGCCAUGGAACUCGUUGGUAGUCGAAGGAGAUGCUCCAUGGAGUGAUCCAAACAAAGAGGUGGCAUGGCGAAAUCAGGAAACUGCUAUGAAUGAAUGUUUAUUCAAGUACAAGGUCAGCCACAGAAAUCCAUGA